AGCUGACCGGGACUUCCGCUACCAAGCCGCACAGGACGUGAAAACAGGGAAAUUGGUCUUGGAGCUGGAGGAUCUUGUUUAUUUGCACCUCUUCUUGAAAGGGACCAUUUCAGCUAGCUGCCUACCUAUAUUUUGCGAUUUUAUAUGUUUUAUGACCCCUUGGGUGCACACUGUAAAAUAUCUGGGAUAACUCAAAGCGAAAAUGAGAACAAUUAGAUUGUAUCCCCGGCCCUUAGUGAAUUUUAUUGUUAUCUGCGUCACUUUGUUGGUCAAUAGCAUGGCAGUUUUGGGAAUUAACCGGAGACCGAAUAUAGUUCUGAUCCUGACCGACGAUUUGGACGUUUCCAUCGGUGGCAUGAUUCCAUUGAACAAGACAAAAAAACUUAUUGGAGAAGCAGGUAUAUCAUUCACAAAUACAUUUGUGGCCAGUCCCCUCUGCUGCCCCAGCCGUGCCAGCAUCCUGACCGGAAAGUACCCCCACAACCACCAUGUGAUCAACAACACCCUGGAGGGCAACUGCAGCAGCCUGGCCUGGCAGAAGAGCCAGGAGGCCAGCACCUUCCCCGUCCUGCUGCAGCACCACGCGGGCUACCAGACAUUCUUCGCUGGGAAGUACCUUAACGAGUAUGGAGCCACAGAGGCGGGGGGAGUGGAGCAUGUCCCUCCCGGCUGGGACUACUGGUUUGCCCUGGAGAGGAACUCAAAGUACUACAACUACACCCUGUCCGUUAACGGGAAGGCCCAGAAGCAUGGACAGAAUUACAGCGAGGACUACCUGACAGACGUGCUGGCGAACCGGUCUAUAGACUUCCUGCAGUAUAAGUCCAACUACAGGCCCUUCUUCAUGAUGAUUUCCACGCCCGCCCCCCACGCCCCCUGGACCGCCGCCCCGCAGUACGAGGGCCGCUUCGCCGACAUCAAAGCGCCCCGGAACCCCAACUUCAACGUGCACGGCAAGGACAAACACUGGCUAAUAAGACAAGCUAAGACACCCAUGACAAACUCUUCAGUGCAGUUCCUGGACGACGCUUUUCGAAAACGAUGGCGAACUCUGUUGUCUGUAGAUGACCUGGUUGAAAAAGUGGUGAAGAACCUGGAGCUGCGGGGCGAGCUGGAGAACACCUACAUAAUCUUCACCUCUGAUAAUGGCUAUCACACAGGCCAGUUCUCCCUACCCCUGGACAAGCGGCAGCUCUAUGAGUUUGACAUCAGAGUGCCUCUGCUGGUCAGAGGACCAAACAUCAGUUCCAACCAGACGAGCAAGAUGCUUGUGACGAACGUGGACCUGGGUCCCACCAUCCUGGACAUCGCUGGCUUUGACGCCAACAAGACUCAGAUGGACGGCAUGUCCUUCCUGCCUCUCAUGACCGGUAAGAGCCAGAACGUGACGUGGAGGACGGACAUGCUGGUGGAGUACGAGGGCGAGGGCCUCAACGUCUCUGACCCCUCCUGCCCUCUCCUGGGACCCGGAGUCUGGGGGUGCUUCCUGGACUGCGUGUGCGAGGACGCCAUCAACAACACCUACGCCUGCGUGCGGACACUCUCCUCCACUACCGACCUGCAGUACUGCGAGUUCGAUGACAACGAGGUGUUUGUGGAGGUAUACAACCUGACGGCAGACCCCUUCCAGCUGACCAACAUAGCCAAGACCAUUGACCAGGAGGUUUUGGAGAAGAUGAACCACAGGUUGAUGAUGCUGCAGUCCUGCUCUGGACCUUCCUGUCGCACACCAGGGGUCUAUGAUUCACGGUAUAAAUUUGACCCCCGCAUGAUGUUCAACAGCCGGGGUCCCCGAAUCAGCAGACUGAGACAGACGCUGAAGUAAGGCGAGGGGUGGGGGGGCCCAGCAAGCCUGUCCCAUCCACGCCUCGUUUCCAGAGAAACCCCUUGCCAACAUCCCACCCCUGUCACUGUCACCACGCCCUGCGGUGGAGGUGGGUGGAGCCUAUCACUGGGGUGGAGGGGUUUCAGACGGAGACGAGGCCAGCCAAUCACUACAGCCACUUUCAUUUUUUUAAAACAUGGUUGCCUUUACGUGUGACAGAUACUCUCUUUUGGCCUGCAAAAAAGGAGUAAGCAGCAGCAGCAACAACUGUCCAAAAAAACACAAGCGGUGUGCGUGUGUAAUCUAGGUGUAGUUUACUGUCCAGUCUAAAUGUUCUUCACUUUAAUUCAGAAAUAACAGAAUUUGUUGUUUCUUUUGUAAAAGGUCGAAUUGAUGAUUUGUCUUCAUCUGCCUUUUUAUAGACUUGUUAAAUGUUGACAGUUUUGUGAGUUAGUUUAGUUCACUGCUUAGUUACACAAAGAAAAAUCAUCUUUAUCAAAGUGCAAUCGAAAUUUAAGUUACUAAUAAUAUUUCAUGGUUUACCACCACAAAUGCACAUAGUAUUAUUUUUAGAGAUGAAUGAUCGCAGCAGAUUUGGGCCUUUUUUCUGGCUGAAGCAUGUUUUUAUAUGUUGAGAUUGAGCAGUUCCCAUUGUGGGGAAAUGUCUGGUACGUCGGUUCUUUCCAAAGCAGUCUUUUGUGAACCCAAAAUGACUUUAUGCCUUUUUACAGCUAUUUAUAUUACACCUUUUUAGGUGAAAGUGACUGAGUUAAUUACACUAAAAUUUCUCCGUAAAAUAGUUUAAUUUCAGUGGUAAUCGUGUGAUGCCCUUUGACAUAUCUCCACAGAAAGUGCUGGAAUAAGUGCCUGUGUUGGAUUGCACGUCCAAGGCCCAGAAAUUGCAGAUAGUAUUUAGACUUGCAACACUGCAGGAUCCGUGUGAGAGGGAAGCAAUACAAACAUAGUAAUACUGGAAUAUGGUUAACAAUAAGAUUAACAAGACAGAGGCUGCAGCUUAAAUCAUAGCAAACAUAUUUUAGCCUGCGAGAUGCAAACAAUGUUGUAUUUUCAUUUCUGUAAAUCAGGAUAUCUGACAGAACCUAUUGUAUGGGUCACAGUUGAGUGGGGAAAUUUGCGCUGCUCUGCAGGUGAAGGUAUGUUCUGUGAUUUGGCCACGAGUGUGAAUACACACAACAGGCCUCUAUGGCAAGGUGUGAUAAACACACCUUACAUUUCAGCUAAUGGUUUAAAUGACUUUCAAAGACAUUAUCUGAUCAAAGGUUGAAUGUUACCAAAAUGAGAUUAUAAAAUGAUUUAUCCUUCAUAAAACAAUUCUCAUUCAUAAAAGCAUGAAGCCACCUUUUGAUGGUUUUAUCAAUCUAUGUAUUAUUUUUUCACCGCAUAAUGAAACAGACUAUUUUCGUAUGAACUGUGAAAGGGAACUGGUGGGGAGCCAUGUGCUGCUCUGAGCAAAAGGGAGAGGUGUGAUCUCAGCUAUGCCUAACUUGGACUGACUUAUUUGUACAGAGAAACACACACCCUGUCAACAGCAUUGUAGACCCAUGCUAACAUACUCCGUUUUCUAAGUGCAAGGGAAAUCGCUCUCAUGUUUUACUACUACACGAACUGUGAAUUUCAAAUGCAGAUGAUAAAUGCUGAGUAGCACCUUUGAAUGUGAAUCAACGCAAUAUGUUUAUGGGAAAUUCUAAGUAGUUGCUUGUUAACUGCCAUACAUCAUCAGUUACUGACAUUAUAUUGUAUCAUUUUGCUGCCUGGCUACUUGUGUAACGCAUACUGAGCAUUUCACUCAUUCGCACUGGCUUUGAGCUGAUUUAAACCACUGGGUUGUGCUGGAGGGAGGGUGACCAUUCAUAAAAACAUUUUCGUGUAGGAGUGCUGAUCUAGGAUCAGUUUUGCCUUUUGGCUCAUAAUGGAUAUAUAUAUAUAUAUGUACAAGGGAGGAAACUUGGUCCAAGAUCAGAACUCCUACUCUUAUUAGACAUUAUGAAUACAAACAGCAUAGACUUGUAUGUCAUUCAAGAGAGAACUGUCUCCAGUUCAGCACGCCAUGCCUCUUCAGUAAUGAGGAGCAGAAGGUUCUGAGAUUGGCAGUUUAUUUUCAAACACGGCUUUUGCCACCCUGAUUGGUUCUUUCUAUGUUAACCUGAGAUUCCAGAAUAGAGUGCAGUCAGGGUUAAAGUUGAGAGGGGUUACAGGUACUGAGAAUAUCUAUGGUGAAUCAGAAUUAGUUUUGUGCGUGCAUGUAAAGGGCAUUACGUUCACCGUUUUCUCCUUUACCUCAGACGGUCAGACCGAAUCCAAGCUGAACGAUUGGACAAAGCACCUUUCAAUUGAUAGUACCUUUAUUUUGCACAUUUCCUUUUAAGCAAUAUUGUUUUUGUUUGAGGGAAAUGUACUUUACUGGUUUGCUUGUUUGUUCAAUAAAGACAUUUUGAAGAUC